AUGAAUGAUGGAGAUGGGGAUGAUAUGAGAAUGGAGAAUGGUCAAAGUGCAGUGGGUUACGUACCGGAGGGAGGGGCACGACCAGCGGAAGAGUUGGAUCAGGAAGAAGUGGAAAAGACUGAUAUGGCCGGAGUGGAGGAUGUGGGCAAGAUCGCAAAGUUGAUGACUGGUAAUAAACUCAAGGAAAUAUUAUCCGAAAUUGAAAAAUACACUGCCAACCCUACCGACAUGUCCUCCACCACCUCCAUUCCCCUUUCCGAAAACCCCGAAUACGUACUAGUCGUUAAAGCCAACAACAUGUCAGUCGAAGUGGACAACGAAAUCUUACUCGUACAUAAGUUCAUUCGUGAUCAUUACGCGCCUCGUUUCCCUGAACUCGAACAACUCAUAGCCGAUCCAUGGACAUACAUCGCAGCUGUCAAAGCUAUCGCCAAUGCUGAAGAUUUGACAAAAUGUAUACUUCCUUCAACAUUACCACCAGCGACUAUCCUCUCUAUCACCCUCACUGCUACUUCCACAAGAGGACGAUUACUCACUCCUGGGGAAUGGAAGAUGGUUCAACGUGCAGUAGACGUAGCUUCGGAUUUACGUAUAGCCAGAGAGACGAUUUUCGCUUACGUCGAAUCACGUAUGGCGGCUGUAGCACCAAACUUAUCCGCCAUAGUGGGGACCGGAAUCGCUGCGAAACUUCUAGGGCUAGCAGGUGGUUUACAAGCUUUCAGUAGGACACCAAGUUGUAACGUCAUGCUAUUUGGAGCGUUGAAGAAAACUUUGGCUACUACACAUAUGUCAGCGGCUUCACAACAAAGACAUACGGGAUUUAUCUUUCAAUCUCAGUUGGUUCAAACUGCUCAGCCGGAGGAUAGGAGAAGAGCACAAAGAGCCGUAGCGGCUAAAUGUGUUUUAGCAGCUAGGAUAGAUGCUGGGAAAGGAGCUAGAGAUGGGAGUUAUGGAAGGAAAUGUUUAUUAGAUUUACAAAAGAGGAUUGAAAAGAUGGCGGAACCACCUCCUAACAAAUUGACAAAGGCAUUACCGAUACCGAAGGAGACGAAUAGGAAAAAGAGAGGUGGUAAACGCGCUCGUAAACAAAAAGAAGCAUACGCCCAAACUGAACUUCGUAAACUUCAAAAUCGUAUGGAAUUCGGUAAACCUGAAGAAGAAACAGGUGUAGAUGAUGAAACUAUCGGAUUGGGUAUGAUCGGUUCUGCUUCUGGUCGUGUCCGUGCGGAAGUGGUCGAUUCACGUUCGAAAGCUAAAUUAUCACGCGCAAACAAACUUCGUACACAAGUUCUGGGUCGAAGUGCUCUAUCGAGCGAUUCGAAAAGUGGGACAGCGACAAGUCUCAGUUUCACACCGGUUCAAGGGUUGGAAAUCGUUACUCCGAGUUUGACAGCUGCUAGUAAGGUGAAAGAAGCAAAUGAUAGGUGGUUUGCAGGAGGAACGUUUACACAUGUUAAGAAAGGGGGAAGUAGUAUUCCGGGACAGGAUUCGAUGAAGUGA